AUGGAAGUCGCCCAAUUUCUAAGGCAAGUUCUGAAGAAGAGUGCUUUGUCUCUGGAAGACAUUGCUUUUCUUUUGAGCAAGGUAGGUGUUGUGUUCAGGGACUCGGGCUGCAAGAUACUGUUCUAUAAGAAUGUGGAGAAGGCGCUGGUGUGCCAUUACAAAGAAGCCCACGGGGUCGACAUAGAGCCCAGGAUCUACAGCAUCAAUGAGAUUCAUGGGCUGAUCCUGUUUCUGUACAUAAAGAAGUAUGGACAGCCAGAGGUUGAUUCGGAGCUCGAGAGGUUUUUCGAGGACCUGUUUUUCAGUGACUCUGGAGAGAUGGAUGCAUGCCGGCUAAAGGAGGAGAACGAGAGGCUGGUAAGAGAAAACUCGGAGCUGAGAGAAAGGAUAAAUGAAAUAGACGACUCGCGGAUAGAUAGAGGAUUCGAGGAGGAGGGGUUCAGGAGCGUGGAUGAAGAGGUUUUGUCGAAGAUGGAAAGGGACUUGACGGCCUUGAGAGAACAGGUCGACUUUGAGCACUCGUUGAUCCUGGAGGCAUGGUACAAGCUGGGGGAGGAGCACAUCAAGAAUCGGCAUUAA